AUGCCGAAAGCCGGGAACGCUCAAUUUCACAGGCUCGGUGGCCCUCUACUCUUCGAAGUGGCCCAGCUGCGCUCGCAGCUGUCGAUGGCUGAGGCGCUGUCCCAGGAUCCCUCCGCAGCAUCGGCCAUCUCGGCCGCCCUCGGCGCUUCCCGACGGGACCGCGAUGCCGAGGAGCUCGUUUAG